UUUUAAUGUUCAUUAUAAUUUUGAUAAUAUAAACUAGUUCAAAAUUAUGGCAAAGAAAGACAAGAAAAAAAAUGAACGACCAGAACCCCCAGAGGCGGAGGUGCUGGAGGAGACGCUGGUGGCCGCCACGGACCUGGAGCAGCCGCCGGAGGAGGUGCAGUACACCGACACCUCAUACACCAGCGCUUCCUUCGAGUCCCUGCCUCCGCCCGUCGAAGAAAUCAAACCGAAGAAAAAGAAGGGCAAAAAGGAGAAGGUAGAGGAGGUGGUGGUGGCUAAGAAAACUACGUCAUCAUUCGAUUGGUCCGACGAGUCCAUAGCCGACGAGGAACCGCACGUAGAAGAAGAGGAAGAUCAAUCGAAAUUAAAGAAAAAAGGAAAGAAAGGGAAGAAAGACAAGAAAAAAGAGGAAAUACCAGAAUUUGAAAAGAGUUCAUUGUUCGACACCGCACCAAGUCCGCCGCACGGACAGGCCACUCCUCCAAACUGGAGGAAGAUGAACAAAAAAGAGAGAGAGAACUGGCUGCUGCAGCGCAUUGAGGAGUGGAGGGCCGAAAAGGAAGCGGAAAAACAAGCUAUCCUCGCGGGCGCCAAGGAGAAGCGGCUGGCGGAGGCGAGGGCGCGCGCCAGCCUCAUGGCCAAAGACAAAGAGCAAAUGGACGUCAGGAAAGACCUGCUUCGCAAAACUAUAACUUUGUUCCAAAAAUUUGAACAUCAGAAGCUGGAGUUCGAAAAGAGGAAAAAUCUUAGAGCUGAAUGGAACCAGUACCUGCGCUGCGAUGGGCUGCCAGACCCUCGCGUUGUCACACAAAUGAACACCUAUCUGCACCUAUGGCGGCAGCAGGACAUGUGCGACGACAACGACCUCGACAGACGCUGUUUAGAAGUGUUGCCGGUACGCGUAGCCCUCAGAGAGGAGCUGUCCAACGCCAUCCAAUUCGCUUCGUACACAUUGCUGCGGGACCUGGAACACAGGUUCCAGUGGCCCUCCAUCAAGCUGACUACAUACGAGCGCGAGUUCAAAGGCCUCAGACUCAACUUCUGGGUCGCUGUCAGGAUGCCUACGCGGAAACCUAAACCUAUAGAGCCGGAACAAGAACCAGUGGAGUUAUCGUUCCCGGCCAUGAAGGUGGCCAUAAAGUUGCCAAAGAUCAUCGACGGCUCAUGUGCGUGCGUUCGCGCCGCCCGCUCCCUCGUCGACCUGCUCAGCGAGCGCUCCAGGACAUUUCCUUUAGCCGCUGAUUUAAAUAAUAGGUAUGAAGAUUUGUUCACGUUCAACGUCAAAGAGCACGAAUUGACGUACAAGCUGAAGGCCGAGCAGGAGGAGGUACGCACCAAGUUCUAUAAGGACAUCGCGGCCAAGAUAAAGGAAAUUGAAACAUUUAUAAAAAGUAACCCAUUCUUAAAAAACGAGAAAGAGAAAGAAGAAUUGGACAAUUUAAACAUGGCCGAGCCGCAGGGUCUGCCUGACCCCAGGUCAUUUUUUAUUGAACAAAACGAACUGGCUUUCACGAAAUAUCUGAAACAGUGUAAUUAUAAAACGAAGCCCGGCGAAAUCAAUCUGCGCAAAUACAGGGUGUGUGGUGGUAUCCUGAACGUGGAUCUGUUGACCACUCCGCCGCAAGCCAAGCGCAUGGCGGGAGGCAUCUCUCUCACUACGCGUGAGUUGAUAACACAUUUUGCUAUAACUACACUAUGGCUUUCUUGUUAA